AAUGGGCAUCCGUUCCAACCUUUGGAGACUCAUUCUUCUAUGAAGUCUGUUCUUCUGAGUCCUGAUCAAGUGCCAGACCUGAGGCCUUGGAGAAUUUGAAGAGUACGGCCACUGAUUCCAGUGCCAUGCCUCUUGCAAGCAGUGAGAGGGCUUCGGACAAUGAACCAGCUGUAAAGAAGGAUUCGUGGUUAAUGAAACAACAGGCUUGUGUGACUACAAAGAUUGUCCAGAUAGGCAGUUUUACUCUAUUCCACUCGAAAAAUGAGUAGACUGUGAAAAUAGCUGUAACCAAGCCUGAGCAUAUCAGAGCCAUUGCUUUGAGUGACCAACUGGUCAGGUGUUGGACUUAGAUACUGUACAAUGUGUUACAGAAUGUGAUUCAGAAGGAGAUAGCAGCGCUCAAGUGCUCAUUCAAGAUCCACAGAUGGGUAAUAUCCCAGUCUGUAGGAGCUUUGAUUACUAUGUGAAUAUCAAUAGUGAGAGUCCUGUUGAAUUAGGAACUAAGAGUCAUCCUUAUAAGCAUAUAGACUCUGCUCUUGUUGAAACUAUGAAUUUUCACAGUCAUAGUGAGAGAAAUAUCACUAUUUAUGUUAUGGAAGGGACUACAGUGUUCAUCAAUACGGUUACUUAUUUCGUGAACAUCACGCAUGUGCAAAUUGAAGCUUAUAACGAUAACGGAAAUACUCUUGGGCUUGCUAGAAUGGUCGGAAUCCAGGACAGUUACAAAGUCAUUGGUGCAGCAUUUCCAACAAAGUUCAAUGCUCUAAGUGACAAAACUUUCAAGACAGGUGAAAUGCUAUUUGACAAUAAUGGCUUUGACUCCAAUGAUAAAUUAGGACUUCUUGUUCAGAAUGCCUUGUUCAAACCCUUCCAUGCAGGCUUGAUUGUUAAGAACUUUCGAGUGGUAACUGAUUAUGAAGGCCAGACACUUUCUCAUAUGAUUUUUGAGCCAUACAGAGUUGACAAAAGAGUUUUAGGGAUGAUCAAUUGUGACCUAAGAAUACAUGGAUCAUUUCUGAGAGCAUUCACUACUGUCUUCAAUUGGCACAUGGAAAACAUUGUUCUUGAAACACAAUACUUAUACAGAUUUAGCGUGAUCGGUCUAAAUUGAGGUCCUGAUGGAACAGAUAUGGGAACAGGAAGUUAUUUUAAAAAUUUUACUGCAAUUAAUUCUGGAGGAAAACCUUCAUACCUCCAUGGAGCACUUCCGCUCUUCAGACAUCAUAUCUCUAAUAAUGCUCACUACGAGGAUAUUUAUAUAGAUACUUAUAUUGGAUAUUUUCCAAAGACAGGACAACUAGUGUUCUACUAUGAUCCAAUCAACUGAUUUAUCACUAAUUCAAAUACUUGGAAUUUUACUAAUGUCCACAUUACUUCUUCAAGACAUGAAGAAGGGAAGAAUAUUAAAUUUAUAAGCACAAGCAACUUGGUUUUCGCUCAGUCAGCUCCAGUUGAUGGUACCUUGCAUAUACAUUGUAAUAAUAUCACAUUUUCUAAUGACAGAAACGAAUUCAUUGGACUGUUUGUCAGCUGGUCUACCAUAGAUACGAUCUAUCAUGUUAAUGGACUUCAUUUCAAGAAUACCGAUGGGUUUUUAUUGAAUAUGAGAGCACUUAUAGAGGUUGACUAUAAGAAUGUUACUUUUGAGAAUGUCACUUCUGACUUGCCCUAUAUGGCGUAUCAUAAUUUAGUCAAGAGAGUCGAGUUUGAUGGUCUCACAAUUGAUGGUCUGAUUGAUCCUGGGUCUUAUCAGGCAGCUCUUUUUCAUAAUAAUGUCUUCAACGUGCUAAGUUUUGUACUUAAAAAUUUUGAAGUCAGGAACUCUCAAAUUUUGAAUAGGAAAGCUAUCUUUUUUACAACUGGCAAAUCAGACAGUACUUAUGUUGUAACCAAUGCUAAAUUUUACGAUACUAUAAUUGGUGGAGAUACUGCUCUUCUUAGCUAUGGAAUCUUCAGCCAAGUAAAUAUCACUAAUGUCCAUGUGCUUAGAACUCAUCCUUUGCAACAAGGAGAACAUUUUACUAUCAAGAGUGAUUAUACAGGAGGAGGAUUGGCUCCAAGUAGCGUUCAAAUAUUCAAAGAUAUAAUUAUAGAGCAAUCUUCAGUCUCAGUACUUGUGGUUUCAAAGCCUGAUGCUGCAACCAAUGUAACUCAAUCAUUAAGCAUCACAAACAUCACUUAUAAAGACUUAGAAACAGACUUAGCUUUGGAGCUAAUCAAGAUUUAUCGGAUGUCAACUCUUGGGUCUUAUUCAAUCUCAAUCCAAGAUGUUGUAUUCUCAAAUCUCACUUUUAAACUAAGUUCUAAGUUGAUGUAUUUCCAGCAACAAUUAUUGACCUCUGCUUUAGUGGCAAAUGUGAGUAUCUCUAACACUGUAAAUGCUGGGAUAACUGUAGAGGCGUAUGCCACAAAUGAAUUCUAUAACAGCACCCACGUAACCUUCUCGAACAUUAAAGCCACCAACAUAGAUGGCAGGGCAAGAUCACUGGUCAACAUCUAUAAAGGAGCUGAAAUAGAAAUUUUAAAUUCAGAUUUCUCUUUUAUUGGGAAUUCAGCAAAAGGAGCUGUGCUUUCGGCUGGUGCAGAGAAAGCAAUAGCUGUUCUUAGGAAUUGUACCUUUUGGAAUAAUACAGCUGUUGAAGGAGCAGUUUUUGAAAGUGAAUCUCUGAGUAGAGUCAAGUGUUAUAACUGCACCUUCUUUAACAACUUUGCUAUCUCUGGAGGAGUCUUGAAGGCUAGUGCUGAUGGAAUUUUUGAGCUGUACAACUCCACUAUUUACAAUAAUUUUGCUCUUGCAGGUGCUGUCUCAGAAUUGUUCUCAUCACAAAUUGAGAGCAUAGUCAGUGAUUGUAACAUUACCUCUAAUUUUGGAUUAACUGAGCAAGAGAUUAAGGAGAAUAUACUGCCUCAAGGGUAUAUUUACCAGUCUUUUCGAGAUUAUUUAGCAGCAAAUCAGUAUCUUUAUGAGUCAGAGACCUCUUUCUCCUGAUUUAAAAUGAUUAUGGCAAAAAUUUCUAUCAGCAAUACUAAUUUUAUUCAGCAAAAAUAUGUUCUACACGCUACUGGAUCAAGAAUUUCCAUUAAAAGUUCUGUCUUUAAAGACAUCACUCUUGUCUCUAACCUAUUGAGUAUCAGUGAAUCAGAUGUAGAAAUGAGUAACACUAUUUUCAUGAACCUAACAUGCAAUGAUAACUCUCAACAACUGAUACUUUUUGUGAAGGCGUUUGCUGAAAUAGACCAACUUGACUACUCAAAUUCGAAUUGAAAGCUAAUAAAUUCUGGCUUAUCUCAAGUUUAUCUUAUGAAUUCGAACAUCAAGAACAUCUCAGUGGUAAACAACAACUUGAUAUCUCUAUUGAAUUCAAAAAGCACAGAUCUCAACAACGAAAAAGACUCAGUUGAGACUUCGAUCAUUAGCUCAAGCUUCUUCAAUAUCUCUACUACUUCAGGCCCGAUGAUUUAUAUGAAGGAUUGUGGCAUCCAAAGAAUAUUUAAUAGCACGUUUAUAAAGACAAAUACACAAGCCUUACGUUUAUUAAAUACCAAUGUUAGCACAAUUUCUGCCUGUGAUUUUAUUGAGAAUAAGGAAUGUAUCAAUGCUAUUCGAACAAACCUAGGGGUUAUUGAUCAAUGCAAAUUUGAACUUUGUGGGGACCUCAAUGUGAAGUUUGGAGGAGCAGUUAAUCUUGAAGCAAGUGAGUCUAAAAUCCUUAGAAGUAACUUUAGUCAAAAUCAGGCUGAAUCUGGUGCUGCCAUCAGUAUCCAAUGUAGUUUCGGCCAGACCUGAGUUAAUGAAUUCCAGGAUUUAGAGUUUGUGAACAACACUGCUGCAGAGGUAGGAGCAGGAAUUUACUACAAUAUGCACAGGCCUGUGAUGCAAAGUAUAAGCAAUACUGGAAAUGUUGCAAAAUAUGGUCCUGAUGUGGCAAGCUAUCCAGUCAGAAUUGUGCAGAGAGGCACUAAUAGAAACAAGGUGCUGCUUGACAAUGUGGCUAGUGGACUCCAAUAUAAGGAAAAACUAGAGUUUGACUUGGUAGACUACGAUGGCCAGAUUAUGAAUUUGGAAAGCAGUAAUACAAUCAAGAUCCUUAUUGAAGAUUCCAGAAUUUCUAUUAAAGGCACUGAUUUUGGCAAACUAGUGAAUGGGCAGACAGAACUUGCAAACUUAAUCUUUAUUGGAGAAGUUGGACUACAGAAUGUGAAAUACAUGUUGACUUCAAAAGCUAUCGACCAGAGAAUUUUAAAUGAAGUUUUGGAUAAUGAGGAUGGAACGUACGACAACUAUAUAGAAGUUUCUUUUAGAUAUUGUAACUCAGGCGAAAUACAGACUGAAAAUAAGCAAUGAGAAGAAUGAAAUCCCAGCACUUAUUCAUUCGGAUGGAAUUCAACAAGCUGUUUACCUUGAAUGGAUUUUGUAUCAUGCAGCGGAGAAGAUCAAAUUAUUGUUGAUAAAGGUUACUGGAGGAAAACAGCUAACUCAUCAACCAUUAUUGAGUGACCUAACGAACAAGCAUGAGAGGGAGGAUAUCAUCCAAACAAUGUUGACCACCCUGUGAAGUGCUCAAAAGGAUAUAAAGGCAUAUUGUGCACUGAGUGAGACAUAGUAGAUGGUAUAAAAUAUCAACCCUUAAGUAACUUCAGCUGCACUAAGUGUCCAGAUCCAUUGAUGAAUACAAUCAGAGUGAUACUAGUAUCAUUAAUUGCAUUUAUGUUCUUGAUGCUAUUGAUAUAUGUAAAUCUAAGAAAAAAGAAAGAGAGUCAGUUAUCGAUUCUGUUUAGAAUCUUGACAAAUUACUUGCAUUUGAUCACAGCUUUCUUUACAUUUGGAUUUAAUUUACCUAAUAGCUUCAAGGGCUUGUUUUCAUUGACAAUUAGGGUAUCUUCGCCAGACGAAAGCUUCUUAUCAUUUGAUUGUUUUGUGAGAGAUCAUGAGAUACAGUACUUUGCUCCAUCUAACUCGCUAUUCAAGAUAUUCUUGUAUAUCUUUUUCCCUGUUUUCUUGAUUGCACUGGUAACUUUAUUCCUUGUGUGCAUCAAAUUAGGCCACUGGAUUAUCCAAACAAUAAAAAGUUCAGAUUCUGAGGAACAGAGAAGAAGUUUAUUUAACUUUAAAAGAGCAAUUGUGGUUUCCAUGAUCUGUAUUAUUUUCCUCUUCCAUCCGACUCUCACUUUGAAAGCUCUAUCUUUGUUCCUAUGUACCGAGGUAGACAAGGAUGAUUACAGGAUGACUCAUCAUAUGGAAUACAGUUGUUACUCUAAAGACCAUAUUGCAUGGAUAGCUUUCGAGGCCAUUCCAACUCUCCUAAUCUGGGUGAUAGGGCUCCCUUUGAUUGCUCUAUGGGUGCUCAUUAAGUACAGAAAAAAUCUGAAUGAAAUGAAGAUACAAAGCUACUUUCUAAUACUAUACCAAGGGUUCAGGCCGGAGUGAUUCUAUUGGGAGUUCUUGAACUUCUUCAAGAAAUUUCUGUUGCUAUCAAUCCACUCAUUACUAAACACUUUCUCAGUGAAUUAUCAGAUAGCUCUGUCUAUCGUUUGUUUGGUAGGAUUUUUCUACUUCCAGAAGUACAUGCAACCGUUCAAAACUAAGGAUAAUAACCAAAUAGACUUGCUAGCAUUAUCAACUGGCAUCGUAACUAUCUACUCUGGCUUAAUUUUCGCAGUCGGUCAGGACAUCCACGAAGGAUUCGAACUGACGGCCUUGACCUUAAUAACUGUUUUUAACGGAUAUUUCUUGCUUAACUGGGUUUAUUUCCUGAUGGUAGCGCUAGAAUGGAAGAAUCAGAAGUUCAUCUACCUUGUCAAUACUCUUGGUGGAAUCUUGUGCAAGGCAAAAAUAGAUAUUCCAAUAAUGAAAUCUAAAAAAAAUAAAGUGAACAAUAAGAAGUCACAGAAUAAAAAACGCAAAGGCAAAUUGAAGGUUUAUAAGAAGAGAGUAUAUCCAAAGAGGAGGAAGAAGGGGAGAACUUGGACAAAAACAGAUUUGAAAAAUAACAAUAAGAAAAAAUUAGUAAUCAUUGAAGAAGAGAAAUCUUAUGAGGAUUAAAUUUAUUUAAUUUAAAUCCUAUCAAUCUU